GCAGAAUUCAAACUAGGCAUUUGAAAGUUGCAUCGGAAAGGCAGUUAGAGCAGUUCAGCAUUUGAAGAAUAUAUAUAUUAUUAACCGAGUUUUCAAUUAUUUGAUCUAAAGAUGUCAGAUCUAGAAGAUGAGAUUAAAGUGUUGCGACGGAAAGUACAGGCGGGAGAAGAGGCUCUUCAGCGGGCUGGUCAGUAUGGACUUCAACUAUUGGAUGACAAAAUGGAUCUUCACAACAAACUGGAGGAUCAGCGAAUUGAAAUGUCUAAUAUCAUUGAGACCGUGGAGCAAGAGAAAUACUCCUUGCAAAGGGAAGUUGAGCUGAAGGUCCGCAUGUUGGAGAGUCUGCGUUCAGAAUUUGAUCUUGUUAAAAGCCACCAGAAACAUCAACUGGAGCAGAAGCAAACUUUGAUGGAGAGGAACCAUGCUCUGGAACUCAGUGAUUUAAAAAACAAGGUGGAGAAGAUGAAGACAGAUUUAGAAGAGGCUCAGCUUGCUGAGAAGCAGAUGAAACACAAGCUGGACCAGCAAUCUGAAGCACUUCACAGCAAAACCGAGGAGCUGCGCGUUCUUACAGAGCGUGCACAUGAAACCAUGUCUUCUGAGAUUCUUGAGCUACAAGUGCAAAAGAUGGACAUCGAGUCAGCUAUGGCAACUUUGGAACAGGAGCUUCAGGAGGCGAGAUACAAAGAAGAGCAGCUGAAUUUGGCCAAUACCACCCUUCAGAGGCAACUGGAGAGACUCACAGAGGAGAAGGAAGAGAGAGAGAAAGAGGCAGUGUCAUGCUAUAAUGCUUUGGAGAAAGCUCGUGAAGCCAACCAGGAUCUUCAAAUUCAACUGGAACAGGUGUUGCAGCAAGCACAAGAUCCAAACAGCAAAGGCAAUUCCUUGUUUUCUGAGGUAGAAGACAAGAGAGCGGAGAUGGAGAGGCAGCUGAACAGUAUGAAAAGACAGCACGAGUCUCUUCAAAAACAGCACGCCCUAACCAAACAACAUAUGCACCGCAUGAAGAUGCAGAUAGCGACCCUUAUGCAGCUCCAGGGCAACCGGGCAGACCCUGCCCAACUUGAACGAUUGCAGUUCAUGCUCUCUGAAAAGAACAAUGAGAUAGAGACCCUAAUGUUAAAAGUACGAGAACUGGAAAAAGAGAGGGUGGCCGUGAAAGACCAGCAUCCAUCUGUCCAGGUUAAAGAAACUGAACUUGUGGAUGAGACUUACUACACGGACCUGUUAAAAAUGCAACUUACAAAUUUAAAGAAGGAUGCAGAUAAACUGAAGGAUGAGUUAUCCAUGGCAAGAAUGAAGGCUCUCUCGGAAAGUCAAAGAGUGCUAGAGUUGGAGAGGAAACUUUAUGUUGCAGAACAAGCACUGAAACAGAGACACGGUGACAAUAUGAAGCUUCAAGUCAAGCUUGAGGAACUCCAGAUGAAAUACACACCUCAUGUGGUGAAUAAAGGGCAAGUCCAAAAGCGUCGCCGGGAGAAGUUUCCAGUAGACAAUACAGAGGAAAAAUCGACAUCUAGCAAAGAGGAAACUGUAACCAUGGAUAUUGAGCCAAGCAAGAGUUCGAGUGAAAACACAGAGGAAAAAACCUUAAGUCCUCCUGUUGAGAAGCCAGUUGUGGUCCCGUUACAGCCCGCACAAACCACAGAACCCAACCCUGUAGUCCCUCGUGAAAGCAAGUCCGUCAGAAUAUGUGAGGAUCCCCCAGUGUGCAUUCCUGAUGCACCCAGGUCUCCUGUUAGUGACUGCAAUAGCAAGGCUGGAGAUCAAACACCAAGCAGUGAAGAGGAGAACUGGAGAACUGAGAAGAGGAAAAAGUACCAACAGCCCAUCCACGUUAGUUCAGCAAAAACCAUGGCAAGCGAAUGCGCUCAACAGUAGCGCUGUAAAUGUAGAAGUAAUUUUUUGUAUAGUUAGAAAAAUAAUAUAUUCAAGUUUUUUUAUCUCAUUCAUUGAUGUUUUCAAUAAUACAUAAUUACAUUUGUAAACUGUCCUGCUGUACAUGAUUUAGAGCACAAGUAACAUUGAUCAAUACUUCUGCAAUAUAAUAAACAAAGUUAAAGCAUUUAUUAAAACAUCUGAAUUAAUGCAGACUGAUU